ACCCUGAGGACACUGUGCUGAGUGAAAUCAGCCCGGACACAAAAGGACAAGUACCACAUGAGUCCAUGUAGGAGGCUCCUGGAGGAGUCAGUUCAGAGGCAGACAGUGGACGGUGGUGCAGGGGCUGGAGAGGGGCAGGGGGGAGUUAGUGUUUAGUGGUUUAGGAUUUCAGUUUUACAAGAUUAAAAGAAUUAGAAGGAUGGAGGAUGCCAAUGGCUGCACAAUAAUGUGAAUGUAUUUAAUACCACUGAACUGUACACUGAAACGUGGUUAAGAAGGUACAUUUCAUGUUUUGUGUAUUUUACCACAUACAAAAAAUGGGUACACAAAGAGCAGUGGUUGUUAGGCUGUGGGAGGAAGGGGUAGGUGGGGCACAGGGUUGGGGGGCAGAUAAACUAUUCUAGGUGAUACUGUAAUGGUGGGUGCACGGCAUCACAUGCUUGUCAAAACCCAUAAAAUGUCCACCAGCAGAAGUGAGCUCUAAUGUAAACUAUUGACUUAAGUUAGCAACGUGUCAAUAUUGCCUCAUUGAUUGUGAGCCACAUGCAGCAGUAAUACGAGGUGUCCCAACAGGGAGAGUGUGGGCCUGACGGGGUCAGCGGGGACACUCGGCUUUCUGCUCAGUUUUUCUGAAAACAUAAGACUGCUCAAAAAAUCAAGUCUAUUAGAGAAAACAACGGCUUCCCAUUAGCCAGAACCAGCCACAGAGCCACCGCUAUGCAGAGGAGGCUGGGAGAGCAGAGUGUCCUCUCCUGGGCUGGGGACAUGGUCCUUCACCCAUAGAAUCUGGUUAGCAAGGUGCCACUAGGUGACCAGACCCCACAUCUCAGCCUCCAGGCUGCUCACCGCUGCGAGCCACAAGUGCCGGCAGACUGCUCAAAGCCACGCUGGUCAGAGCCCUGCACGUGCCAAGCAUCCCCCAGGGGCCAGGAUUGGCCGAGCAAGGCCGCUUUACCGGCUUCUGCCUGGUUGGCAGACCCCGAACACCCCUGGAGCCACGCAGCCAGCCAGCGGGGGCGGUCCUGCUCUGCAGCUCUUCAGUGGUCUCCUCUGACCCCUCCCAGCCACCUCCUGUGCUCUGGGCUUGCUCAAGCCUAUUCACUCAAGCCCACUAGUGAUCAAAGAAAGUUGAAAAUGAGGCGUCGUGUUCUAGCUAUUAAAUUUGGAAAGACUGACCACAGAUACAACGCACAGAGCAGAUGAGGCUGGUGACUCGCACCUUUGGUAAUUGAUGGUGUCAGCGGAAAGAAUUUCAACCUCUGAUGUAUUGAUGUGCGGAACCUGAUAAUGAGCCCCUCCCUGUGUCCUAGACUGCCAGAGGGAGGGACUGACUGAGCUGUGCACUUGGGGGUCAUAAACAUGGCACUCUGACACACUAAUCACAUCUCCAAGAUCUUGGUUUAAGGAAAUAAAUGCAAAACAAGGAAAUACACUCGGGCACAAAGCCGCUAACCAAAAUCUUACUCAUCAUAAAGAAAUACGGUGACCAGCUAGCAGAGGAGGUUCGUCGGUCUGUGAGACACACCCGUGAUGAGCGUGCUGGUCAGAGAGUGAAGGAAGCAUUGAGAAUUUGCAUUAAAAUAAGGACAAAGUGGGACACAAGAGUGUCCAUACGCUGUGCUCAUGAUGUGAGCCUGCUUGCCGCAGCCUUGCAGGCACCCCAUCAGGGACCAGGGCAGUGAGCCUGGGAGAGUCAGCCCUCCAUGUUUCAGGCUUCCUGUCUGGGCUCUGCGUCUAGGGGUGCCCCUGGGGGCCACCCUCGGACUGGCCAGGAGCCUGGGGCCACAGCUGCAGAGAGUAUCCUCAACCAGCUUCCGACAUUGGGGGUGGGCGAGCAUGCAGCCUCCUUGCUGCCUGGAGGGCCCAGGUGUGCCCCCCCCAGCCUCCCGAGGGCCCUAGGGAGCCCACUGUCCAGUGCACCCUGGUUGGAUUCCCGCCUUCCCCUGGCUCAAUCCUGUUCCCCUGCUAGUGCCAUCUGGGGUCACCUCUUAACUGAACUGUUUGCCCUGGAGUCCCAGUCUCAGGUCUGCUGCUGAGGGAGACCCAGGAGAAGGACAGAGACCCCACGUCGGGGCUGGGUCUCAGCACCUGCCAGCCAGGGUGACUGGGGGCGGGGCCUGGACGGUGCAGGUGGGGAUGCCUGCUCACUGGUGGGCCUGGCCUGUUGAAUCUUCUCUCCAGACUCAGGGCUGACGGGUGGGCCACAGCCUGCCCUGGUCCCCUCCCCCACCUCUGUCUUCUGGGACCUGCACUUGGGCAGCUCCCUCUGGGUCAGGCCAGGGUCCAUGAGGCAAAGACCCGGAAAAUAGCAGGUUCCUUCUUGCAGCUGCCUCCAGCAGGUGGCUGCAUGGAGAUGUUCCCUACAAGCUGCCAUUAUCAGCUCAGCCUUGGCAAGGGGGCCAAGGUCUGGCCCAUCCUGGUGAUAGGGAGAUCAUUAUCGGGAGGGAGCAGAAGAUGAGAACCAAGCGCCAGGGCCCAGGUGGGGCGGCCGCUGCAUGGGUUCCCAGUCACACACUGGCCAGCCAGGGUUGGGGGAGGAUUGAGGGAGGGGGGGGGCAAGGCUUUCACGUCUGGGACCUCUGUGCAGGGUCAGACCCCAGCAAGCUGGUCUCCCCCUCCACCCAAAGGAGACUUGUCACUGUGUCACUCCACCCCUAAAUUGUCCCUCUGUUAUCGGGCUGUUAAUAUUAAUUAACAACAGUUGCUAAGGAUGACAGUGCAAGGGUGUGUCACAUCCAGAGCUGGCCUUGUCCCAAGAGGGGGAUGGGGACAGUGAGGGGUCUGAGGCCGGGUGGUGUGGGGGCAUGUAGAGGGGUCAGUGGAGGUUCAGAGUGCCAUGCUGAGCCCACCCAUGUCUCCCCAGCAGAGGCCGAGUGUGCGGCCGUGGCAGGUCUCCAGCUGGCUCAACCCUGGCUUAGAUCGAUUUGGGAAGUGGGUGAAGGGGAGACCCUGCACCUCCACCUGGAGACUCAUCUACGAGGGUGGGGCCAAAGGUGGGAGGGGCCAGUGAGGUGGAUCAUUAAUCCUGCUAGAAGUAGGGGAGGUGUGGGCUCAGCCUGAUUGGUCCCCAGCCCAGUCAGGCCAGGCUGUCUCUGGCAGGGAGCCGACCUGCUGUGCGUCCCCUAGCUAGCCCUUGGGUGUCCAGCUGUCCCAGUAGCCAGGCCCCACUUCCCUCUAAUCCCUUCCCGGUGCCAGGAUGGCAGAGGCCAGCCUGGGAGGCUGGCUGUUCUGGGCCCUGCUCCUGCAUUCGGCCGGGGGCGAGCUGUACACGCCCACGCACCAGCCCGGGUACUGCGCCUUCUACGACGAGUGCGGGAAGAACCCCGAGCUGUCCGGAAGCCUGGCCUCGCUGUCCAACGUGUCCUGCCUGUCCAACACGCCCGCCCGCCUCGUGACGGGCGACCACCUGGCCCUCCUGCGCCGCGUCUGCCCCCGCCUGUACGCCGGCCCCACCGCCACCUACGCCUGCUGCUCCCGCAAGCAGCUGGUGUCCCUGCAGUCGAGCAUGGCCAUCACCAAGGCCCUGCUGACCCGCUGCCCGGCCUGUUCCGACAACUUCGUGAGCCUGCACUGCCACAACACGUGCAGCCCCGACCAGAGCGCCUUCAUCAACGUGACGCGCGUGGCCGAGCGCAAGGACGGCCAGCCGCCCGCCGUGGUGGCCUACGAGGCCUUCUACCAGCGCAGCUUCGCCGAGGAGACCUACGCGUCCUGCAGCCGCGUGCGCAUCCCCGCGGCCGGCUCGCUGGCCGUGGGCGCCAUGUGCGGGGUGUACGGCUCCGCGCUCUGCAACGCCCAGCGCUGGCUCAACUACCAGGGCGACACGGGGAACGGCCUGGCGCCCCUGGACAUCACCUUCCACCUGUGGGAGCCGGGCCAGGCCCCGGGCGGCGUGAUGCAGCCUCUGGCCGCGAACGUCACGCGCUGCAACGAGUCCCGGGGGGACGGCGCGGCCGCCUGCUCCUGCCAGGACUGUGCGGCGUCCUGCCCGGCCAUCGCCCAGCCCCAGGCCCUGGACGCCACCUUCCGCCUGGGCCGCAUGGCCGGCGGGCUGGCCCUGGUUAUCAUCCUCGUCUCUGUCCUCGCCGUGCUCGCCACCGCGCUCACCGCCUGCCGCGCGUGGCCGGGCCGGGCGUCCUGCGGCUGCCAGGGCGGGACGCCGGCCCCCGGGGCGGACCCCGGCCUCUCCAGCAGGCUCAGCCUCUGGACCCACCACUUCCUCAGCCGGUGCUUUCGGUGCUGGGGCACGUGGGUGGCCUCGUGGCCGCUGACCGUCCUGGCUGUGUCCGUCGUUGUGGUGGUGGCCUUGGCUGCGGGCCUGGCCUUUAUAGAACUGACCACGGACCCCGUGGAGCUGUGGUCAGCCCCCAACAGCCAAGCCCGGAAGGAGAAGGCGUUCCAUGACCAGCAUUUUGGCCCCUUCUUCCGAACCAACCAGGUGAUCUUGACCGCUCCCCAGCGGCCCAGCUACAAGUACGACUCCCUGCUGCUGGGGCCCAAGAACUUCAGCGGGGUGCUGGCCGCCGACCUGCUGCUGGAGCUGCUGGGCCUGCAGGAGCGGCUGCGGCACCUGCAGGUGUGGUCGCCCGAGGAGCAGCGCAACGUGUCCCUGAGCGACAUCUGCUUCGCGCCCCUCAACCCGCACAACGCCAGUCUGUCCGACUGCUGCAUCAACAGCCUCCUGCAGUAUUUCCAGAAUAACCGCACGAGCCUGCUGCUCACGGCCAACCAGACGCUGAUGGGGCAGACCGCCCAGGUGGACUGGAGGGACCACUUCCUCUACUGCGCCAAUGCCCCACUCACCUUCAAAGAUGGCACUGCCCUGGCCCUGAGCUGCAUGGCUGACUACGGAGCCCCUGUCUUCCCUUUCCUUGCUGUGGGGGGCUACAAAGGGAAGGACUACUCUGAGGCGGAGGCCCUGAUCAUGACCUUCUCCCUCAACAACUACCCCCCUGAGGACCCCCGGCUGGCCCAGGCCAAGCUCUGGGAGGCGGGCUUCUUGGAGGAGAUGCGAGCCUUCCAGAGACGGACUGCCGGCAUGUUCCAAGUCACAUUCAUGGCGGAGCGCUCCUUGGAGGACGAGAUCAGCCGCACCACGGCCCAGGACCUACCAGUCUUUGCUGUCAGCUACCUGGUCAUCUUCCUGUACAUCUCCCUGGCUCUGGGCAGCUACACCAGCUGCAGCCGCGCACUGGUGGACGCCAAGGCCACGCUGGGCCUGGGCGGGGUGGCUGUGGUGCUGGGGGCUGUCAUGGCCGCCAUGGGCCUCUUCUCCUACCUGCGCGUGCCGUCCUCCUUGGUGGUCCUUCAAGUGGUGCCGUUCCUGGUGCUGGCUGUGGGCGCCGACAACAUCUUCAUCUUUGUCCUGGAGUACCAGAGGCUUCCGCGGCACCCCGGGGAGGAGCGGGAGGCCCACAUCGGCCGAGCGCUGGGCAGCGUGGGGCCCAGCAUGCUGCUGUGCAGUGUCUCCGAGGCCAUCUGCUUCUUCCUGGGCGCCCUGACCCCCAUGCCCGCUGUGCGGGUCUUUGCGCUGACAUCCGGCGUGGCGGUGAUCCUGGACUUCCUGCUGCAGAUGUCGGCCUUCGUGGCACUGGUGUCUCUGGACAGCAGGAGGCAGGAGGCCUCCCGUCUGGACGUCUGCUGCUGUGUCCGCGCCCAGGAGCUGCCCCCGCCCAGCCAACACGAGGGGCUGCUGCUCAGCUUCUUCCGAAAGGUCUACGCCCCACUCCUGCUGCACCGGGUCACCCGCGUGGUUGUGCUGCUGGUGUUCCUGGCCCUGUUUGGGGUGGGUCUCUAUUUCAUGUGCCACAUCAGCGUGGGGCUGGACCAGGAGCUGGCCCUGCCUAAGGACUCGUACCUGCUCGACUACUUCCUUUUUCUGAAUCGCUACUUUGAGGUGGGGGCUCCAGUCUACUUUGUCACCACUGGGGGCUACAACUUCGCCACCCAAAUGGGCAUGAAUGCCAUCUGCUCCAGUGCAGGCUGCAAAAGCUACUCCUUAACCCAGAAGAUCCAGUAUGCGACCGAGUUCCCUGAGCAGUCUUACUUGGCCAUCCCUGCCUCCUCCUGGGUGGACGACUUCAUCGACUGGCUGACACCGUCGUCUUCCUGCUGCCGCCUUUAUGCCUUUGGCCCCAAUAUAGACAAGUUCUGCCCUUCGACUGUCAACUCCCUGGCCUGCUUGAAGAGCUGUGUGAGCUUCACGCUUGGCCCUGUCCGGCCAUCGGUGGAGCAGUUCCACAAGUACCUCCCCUGGUUCCUGAAUGACCCGCCCAACAUCAAGUGUUCCAAAGGCGGCCUGGCAGCGUAUGGCAACUCCGUGGAUUUGGGCCCCGACGGCCAGGUUCUAGCCUCACGUUUCAUGGCCUACCACAAGCCCCUAAAGACAUCACAGGAUUACACGGAGGCUCUGCGGGCAGCCCGGGCGCUGGCGGCCAACAUCACCGCCGACCUGCGGAAGGUGGCAGGCACCGACCCAGGCUUCGAGGUCUUCCCCUACACGAUCACCAACGUGUUCUAUGAGCAGUACCUGACGGUGGUGCCCGAGGGGCUGUUCAUGCUCAGCCUCUGCCUGGUGCCCACCUUCGCCGUCUGCUGCCUCCUGCUGGGCAUGGACCUGCGCUCCGGCCUCCUGAACCUCUUCUCCAUCAUCAUGAUCCUGGUGGACACCGUGGGCUUCAUGGCACUGUGGGGCAUCAGCUACAAUGCCGUGUCCCUCAUCAACCUGGUCACGGCAGUGGGCAUCUCUGUGGAGUUCGUGUCCCACAUCACACGCUCCUUUGCUGUCAGCACGAAGCCCACCCGACUGGAGAGAGCCAAGGAGGCCACCAUCUCCAUGGGCAGUGCGGUGUUCGCCGGCGUGGCCAUGACCAACCUGCCGGGCAUCCUGGUGCUGGGCCUGGCCAGGGCCCAGCUCAUCCACAUCUUCUUCUUCCGUCUGAACCUGCUCAUCACGCUGCUGGGCCUGCUGCACGGUCUGGUCUUCCUGCCGGUGGUUCUCAGCUAUCUGGGGCCUGAUGCCAAUCCAGGCCUGGUGCUGGAGCAGAAGCAGGCAGAGGAGGCGGCCAUGGCUAAGACGGCCUCCUGCUCAAAGCACCCAUCCCCAGUGAACCUGGCUAAAAGCAUGUAUGUCAACUACAGCUUUGAACAUCCUGCCAGCUGUGAUGGGCAGACGUCGUGAUGCAGCCAGAGCCCCAUCCAGGCUCGAGGGGCCAUGAGGGUUCCCCGGGGAACCUUGACCCCUCCUCUCCCUCAGGGCCCAGGAGAAGCUGUCCCUGUGGGAGUGCCCAUAAUGGGGCACCUUCUGGCCAGCAGGUCCCCGAUGGGCCCUCCACCCUGGCAGCAGGCCUGUUUCCAAACGGUCGACACAAGAUCGCCUCCUUCUCCCUUGGACCUGGGUCUUGGGGUGUCUAGGAAGACACCCUUCUUGACAUUUGUUCCAGACUCAGCACUCUCCCAUAGCCACCCACUUCCUAUCCACUCCCCUCCAGUGCUUGAAGCAAAAAAGUUUCACUUUGGUGUCAGUCUUGAAGGCUCUUCAGCAUCUCUGAGAAAAGAGAGGACACUCACCCUGGCUGCAGGCUCCGCAGAAGGCCAAGGAGAGGUUUCCUGCUGGUGGGAGAGAAUGUUCUGGAAAACACUCUGUCCAUGGAUGGACCCCGUUAGACAUAGCACUUGGUUUGGCCUCCAGCUCCAUUAUUAAAGCUGUUGCCGCCAGUGGAGGCCACCCGUGUCUGCAAGGCUGCGAGCUCCUGGGACAGGCCGGGCCUCCCACAGUUGUCGCAAGCCUGGAGCACAGGCCAGGGCCUCAAACCAGGCCAACCUGAGACCCAUGGAGAAGAGCAGACUGAGGAAAGCACCUUGCUCAGUGCGUGCACACUGGUACUUAAUAAAUGUCUGUGGAGGAGAAA